UAUUUUAAGGAUCGGCAGAAGCUUCUCCACUGAUAGACAACACAGAGUUUCCACUUUAUCUCUAGAGAAUGGGAAGCCAAAGAUUCAGCUUUAUUUGUCGGUCAGCUCAAGAGUCAAGGAUGUGGAUGUUGGUCUUUCUGAGUGCUGCGCUUGGGGCAUUGGGGUCAGAGGGUCGGCCCUCUGGAGCAGCUCAGCUUCAGGCCCUUCACUGCCCGUCCUGCGACCAGGUACACUGCUCCUCUCAGCGGGCGCUGAAGCUCCAGUGCAAAGGUGGUGUCACUACAGGUGUCUGUGGCUGCUGCCCCGUGUGUGCCAGAACAGAAGGGGAGACCUGUGGAGGGAUGUGGGACUAUUUGGGGAACUGUGAUGAGGGGCUGGUUUGUGUUUACCAGGACGCAGCGUCUGAUAAACCAGAUGCAGAGCGCAAAGGGAUCUGUAAAGCAGUGAUCAAGCCACAGGAUCCAGACAGCUGCCACCCAGAGUGCACCAAGGAAUACUGUCAGGCUAACCCGUCUGAAGUCUGCUCUGCCAGGUUUGUGUCUCUGGAGAAGAAAGCGUGCCAGGGCUCUUGCCAGCACACCUCCUGUUCAAGCUGUUUGCUGCUGAAACCUCCAUCCUGCCCACAGACCUGCACCUCCUCCGAUUCUGCCUGUCUGCGCCGCUUCGGGAAGUGUGUGCACAAUCACCUGUCAGCACCUCAAAGUCCUGUGUGCAACCACAAUCUGCAGACUCAUCCUGAGGGGCAUUUUGUGUGCUUGGUCCCUGACUGUCCAAACUCAACCAAGUGA